CUCCUUCUCUUCCCUCCUCCUCUCCCAGUCCCCUCGCUGUCACAGUUUUUCCACUUUCCUUGGCUCCACUUUACGACCCUCCCUCGUUUGGAAGAAACUGCUGUCGUUAUUUUUUCUCUCUCUCACUUGUGAAUGUUUAUCCGGCUUGAAGAUUUUUCUAAGUGUAUGGGCUCUAAAGCAAACGCCGUUUUUCUUCACAGUUUCGUCCUCGGAAGUCGCUUUUUAGGUGAAAUAUUUCAGCUGCAGAGAGUCUGCGUGUUCCUGGAUGCCAAGGACCAUGCCGACCCUGCAGAGCUCUGCCGUCCUGCUGCUUUUUAGCAUCCUGAUUGGACUGAGCUGCUCUCUGGACCCAAGAGACCCCAAUGUGUGCAGCACGUGGGAGAGCUUCACCACCUCAGUAAAGGAGUCCUACUUGCAUCCUUAUGACCAAGUGGGAGAGGAGCCCUGCUCGGAUCCACGGACUUCCUACAAAUGCAUGCGCCACAGGAUCACCUACAAAACAGCCUACAGGCAGGCGGUGAAGACUGAUUACCGCAAGAGAUACCAGUGCUGUCCAGGCUACUACGAGAGUCGAGGCAAAUGUGUCCCUCGCUGCACUAAGGAGUGCGUCCACGGCCGGUGUGUCGCUCCAGAUCGCUGCCAGUGUGAGGGAGGCUGGCGAGGAGAUGACUGCUCCAGCGACUGUGACGAUAAACACUGGGGAGCGAACUGCAAGCAGCAGUGCAAGUGUGAGAACGGAGCUCUCUGCGACCCGGUGAAGGGAUCAUGUCGCUGUCCUCCAGGGUUCAAUGGACGCUACUGUGAAGAGUCGUGUCCAGCAGGCACAUUUGGGAAGCGCUGUCUGCAGAGGUGCAAGUGUGCAACCGGAGGAUCCUGCGAUAAAGCAACAGGAGAGUGCAUUUGUCGGGAUGGAUUCACAGGGACUUACUGUGAGACCUCGUGUAGGAGGAAAUGCCAGGCGCGAUGCCCGUGCCAGAAUGGUGGCAUCUGUAAAGGCAAAGGGAUCUGCGCUUGCCCACCUGGAUGGACGGGUCCAGUCUGUACCGAGCGAUGUCCAGAAGGAAGGUUUGGGCCAAACUGUACUGAGGAGUGUGUUUGCCACAACAACGGAAAAUGUGACGCUGAAACUGGACAGUGUCAGUGUGCUAAAGGUUUCACUGGUCACAGGUGUAAGGAGGAGUGUGCUGCAGGUAGUUACGGACAGGACUGUAAAGGCGUGUGCGACUGUGCUAACGGUGCGCGCUGCUACAACAUCGAUGGAGCCUGUCUGUGCGAGCCGGGCUUCAGCGGUCCGCACUGCAGGGACAGGAUGUGCCCAGACGGCAUAUAUGGCAUGCACUGUGAGCGCACGUGUCUCUGUCAGGACAAACACACACUCAGCUGCCAUCCAAUGAAAGGAGAGUGCACGUGCCAACCGGGCUGGGCGGGACUAUACUGCAAUGAGACCUGCGCUCAUGGUUUCUAUGGUCAUGGCUGCCUGGAGCCGUGUCUUUGUGUGAAUGGAGGGGUGUGUGAUGGGGCCACAGGACGAUGCCAUUGCGCCCCGGGCUUCACGGGGCUUCACUGUGAAAAUCCCUGUAAAAGUGGCACCUAUGGCAAGAACUGCUCCCUGGAGUGCUCCUGUAAAAACUAUGUGGACUGCUCACCGAUUGAUGGAACUUGUUUCUGCAAAGAAGGCUGGCGAGGACCGGACUGCUCCAUCCCCUGCUCCGAAGGAACCUGGGGUCCAAGAUGCAAUGCCACGUGUCACUGUGCCAACGGAGCAAAAUGCAACCCUGCAGAUGGAUCCUGCACCUGCACGGCUGGCUGGCAGGGGGCGCGCUGUGACCAACCGUGCCCGAUGGGCACGUUUGGGCCUGGCUGCCUGAAGAGGUGUGAUUGUGUUCAUGCCGACGGCUGCCAAGCUACCACUGGGGAGUGCCACUGUCUGCCAGGCUGGUCUGGUCCCCGCUGCAGUGAGCCGUGUUCAGAGGGCCUGUGGGGGCGCCACUGUAACCAGACCUGCUUCAAGCAUUGUCCAAACAGCGACACGUGUUUGAGGGAAACUGGAGCGUGUGUGUGCCGCCCAGGCUACUGGGGAGUCACCUGCCAAAACAAAUGCAGAACGGGUACGUACGGUGACCAGUGCAGUAUGACGUGUCAGUCCUGCGGCCAAUCAUACCGCUGCCAUCAUGUGACAGGAGAGUGUGACUGUCUACCUGGAUACACUGGGCCAAACUGUGACCAAGUUUGUCCAGCUGGCUACUUUGGAAAACAGUGCUCUGAAGUGUGUCUUCCCUGUGCCAACAACUCCACGUGCAACCACCGGAACGGUCACUGUGAAUGUUUACCAGGCUGGACCGCUAUCGACUGCUCCAAACCGUGUGAUCCGGGACGUUUCGGCCAGCUCUGUGCUCAGACCUGUUCCUGUCCAGCCAACCUCCUCUGUGACAGAUUUACUGGAGACUGUGUGUGUGAAAACAGAGGCGACGACUGCAAGCAAGACUCCUUUCAGCAGACGGGGAGCGUCAUGAGUCGUCUUAAUCCUGGAGAGAGGGAGUCGUGGGGGGCCAUCGCCGGCAUCGUUGUGCUUGUCAUUCUGGUGGUCCUGCUGCUGGCUCUGCUGCUGCUCUACCGCCGCAGGCAGAAGGAAAAGCAGAACAACACCCCGACUGUCUCCUUCUCCACCAGCCGCACCGUCAACUCUGAAUAUGCCGUUCCAGAUGUUCCUCACAGUUACCACCAUUACUACUCCAACCCCAGCUACCACACACUGAGCCAGAACAGGCCUCCGCUGCCACACCUCCCCAACAACCACGACCGCACCAUCAAGAACACCAACAACCAGCUGUUCUGCAGUGUGAAGAACGCAGAGAGGGAGAGACGAGGUCUGUUUGGAGUCGAGACCAAUGCCACUCUGCCUGCAGACUGGAAACACCACGAGCCUCGCAAAGACUCAGGAGCUUUUGGCAUCGAUCGGAGCUACAGCUACAGCGCCAGCCUCGGAAAAUAUUACAACAAAGAGCUGAAGGAUUCAGUGGCCGUGAGCAGCAGCUCUCUGAACAGCGAGAAUCCGUACGCCACCAUCAAAGACCUGCCCGGGCUGCCCCUGCCCUUCUGCCCCCCGGAGAGCAGCUACAUGGAGAUGAAGUCGGCCGUGCCCAGGGAGCGCGCGUACACCGAGAUUACGCCCCCGCCGCCGUUCCACACGGCCACCUUACGCAGAGAGUGUCAGAGCUCCCACGGCCACGCUCCUCAUGAGGACCCACAGAGCCACUACGACCUCCCGGUGAACAGCCACAUCCCGGGACACUACGACCUGCCACCGGUGCGCCGCCCCCCCUCGCCCUGCCCCUCCCCCAGGAGAAGCCCUCAGUGACAGCAGCAGAGCAGCAGAGCAAAUUGUUCCCUUCUGCUCGCUCCGGGGUUGAUGAAGAAACGGCUAAUUUUAUCUCUGAAAAUCAGAGCUGCAGACCACCAACACAGCAGGGGCGAGGAGUCUGUCCUGCCAGACGAACCUUUGUUUACAGUGGAUGCUUUGCUUUCAACUAAACACCGCCCCCUUGUGUGCGCAGAGCGGUACUGGCGUCUCCGUCACAGACCUGUCAUCCAGACUGAGGAGCCAGCAGGCUGUGUGGUGACGCCCGCGGGGCUUCAGCUGCUUUUAACUCCCGAGGGCAAAACCCACCAGAGGAUUUGAUGGCUAAAAGCAGCGACUUGGGAAUGUUUGUGUGUUUGAACUCUUGUAAACAUGCUGAAACAUUUGUUUUCCACACCCUUUGCGUGCUGCUGAUGCAUUUUUAACGGGCCUCUUUUAUCAGAGCUCGAUUUUUCCUUCGUCUCGCUUUUCAGGGUUUUUAUUUUGAGUUGAAUUUCAGUGCGUUACAUUUUCAACAUUUUUUU